CUUCCAAUCACUCUCCUUUCUAAUGAGACCCUUCCACUAAAUCACCUCCUUUUGCUCCCAUCCCCCAGUCUUCCUCCCAGCAGACAUCAUGGCCCUCGACUGCGGACCGACAACCAUAGCAUCGGGGAUCGCUUCCCUGUGCGCCAUCAUCGCCCUGAUCCUAGGAGCCCUAUCCUGGUCGCGCACCAGCUCUCUCUACCUCCCCCUCCCCCAAUGGCUCCCAGCUCUAGCAACCUUCCUCCCUGCAAUCAGCGCGCUGGCGCUCUUCCUGACUCACCGCAUCCCCUCCGCAUCGACCACCUCCCCCCACAACCGAUGGCAGACCUUCCUCCCGAUCCUCUCGCAUCUGCACUCCAUCCUCUCGACGCUCCUCGCCGCCGUCGCCCUCGCCUACCUCUACCCGGAAUCUAUCCUCCUCUGUCGUCUUGACCAGGAAUGGCUCUCGUACUACCGCACCCGCAACGCGCAGCCCAUCCGCGCCAUCCAGGAUAACUUCCGCUGCUGCGGGCUGCGGAGUAUCCGGGACCGGGCGUGGCCGUUCAAGGAUCGCACGCACGGAGACGACGCCUGCGAGGUGCAGCUCGGAUACGGGCAGAGUUGUCUGGCGCCCUGGAUGCAGCAGCAGCAGGGGGCAUCGUGGAUGAUUUUUGCCGCGGCGGUUUUGGUGCUGGUUAUGAAGGUCGGGUUUUAUCAAGCUAUGCAGCCCCGAUCCAGCUGGAUGCGUCGCACGUUUGGGAGACAGGCGCCGGAGUAUCAGCGUAUCACGCAUCCGGAGUUGCAGGAUGGGGAGGAUGAUGGGGAGGCGGAGGAGGGACGCAAACCCCACACCUCCCCAAGCCUCUCCAAUAUCAACCCUCGUGAGCCAAAUAUCAUAACGACCUGCACACAGAAUAAAGCAGGUCCGAGCCCACCUCGUACCGUACCCAAGCACAUAAAUAUCCCAAUAUCCACUGAAAGGAAUCAAAUCCAGGAACACAUGCAAGGAUUUAUACUUCAACAUCAAGGGUACAUCCGCCGCACGCGCACCGGGUGCCGCACGUGCCUGAUCCGGCGCAUAAAAUGCGACGAAACGCUGCCGUCAUGCCGAAACUGCACCUCGACCGGCCGAACCUGCGACGGCUAUCCUCUCUUCCAACUGCCCAUCCUCGCACCGCGACGCCCCCCUCACCUCCACCUCCACCCCACACACACCAGCCUCCCCACACCAGCACCCGGCCUCACAGCCUCCGAACGACGCAGCUUCAGCUUCUUCCGCGACCACACCAUGCCCAUGAUAACGGGAUACUUCGACUCGACGCUAUGGCAACGCACGAUCCUGCAAAUGAGCCACUCCGAAGCGGCGGUCAGCCACGCGGUGGCGGCGCUGGGCGCCUUACACGAGGUGAGCGAAGCGCGGGCGGGUGAGAUGGUGCGGGCGCGGGCAGCCGAGUAUCACCUGUUCGCGAUGGAGCAGUACGGGCGGGCGAUUUCGUUGCUGCUGAAGCGGAGGCCCGCGGGGUCGCGCGAUCCCGUGCUGCGGUUGACGACCCUGGUGUGUUGUAUGGUGUUUGUGUAUUUUGAGUUUCUGAGGGGGGAGUAUGCGGUGGCGUUGGUGCAUUUGGGGAAUGGGUUGAGGAUUUUGCAAGGGGGGGGGGAGUGGUUUGGCUAUAAGGAGACGCAGAUGAGGAGUGCGAGGGAGGGCGAGGGGGAGGGCGAGGGGAAGGGGCAUGGAGGGGGAAAGACGACCGAGACGGAUUUUAUCUGCGCGUUUUUGAAACUUCAUAUCCAGUGUGCGCAUCUCGAUGAUUCCGGCGCCAAGGUUAGCUGGUAUCCGACUACCACUACUACUACUACUACUACUACUACUACUUCGGAUACUUCCGCCACGUCGAGCUCUACGUCGAGUGCUGACCUGGCGCUGGCGGAUUUCACAUACACCGCGCAUCUGACGCUACACAACCUCGAAGAUGCGAAUAACCGGAUGCACCCGAUUCUGAACUACGUGUUCCAGUUCUGGCCGCACUGCGAAGUGGUGCUGCGGGAUCGGCGACGGGACGCCACGCCGCUGUGGGAGGCGCAGGCGAAGCUUCGCGAGAAUCUGGCGCAGCAUGCGCGGGCGUUCGACGAGCUGGUGGCGCGGGCGCCGCCGCGGUCGCCGAAGGAUGUGCGCAGCGUGGAUCUGAUCCGGGUGUAUCAUCUGGUGCUGGGGGUGAAGGUGGAGGUGUUUCUCGAGCUGGAGGAGAUGGUGUACGAUGGGUAUCUGGCGGAGUGGGAGCGCGCGGUGGGGCUGUGCGAGAGGAUCAUGAAUAGUUUUCUCGUCGAGUUUGGGGGCCGCGAGCAGCUGCCGAGUGUGUUUAUGGAUAUGGGGGUGAUUCUGCCGUUGGCGUGGGUGGGCAUGAAGUGUCGGCAUCGCGGCAUCAGGGAGCGCGUGUUGCGGAUGUUGGCGGCGUGGCCGCACAGGGAGGGCCCGAGGGAUUCGGUGACGGUGGGGAUGAUGAUUCGGGGGUUGAUGGUGGUGGAGAUGGAGGGGAUGAAGGCGAGGGGGUUGGAGAUGGGGAUGGUCGCGGAGAGGGAGAGGGUCCGCACCGUGGGCGUCGAGAGGAUGGCCGAUGGGAGGCACGCCGUGCUGAUCUAUGCCCUGUCGGAUCCAGAGGGCGAGCUGGUGAUGCGCCGGCGGGUGUUUAAAUUGGAGGAUCUGGAGGUCAAGUAGAGGGAGCAACAACGGGGAUUAUAUGGGUGGGGUAUGUACAGGUAUGGACACGCGCUGUAGUGUACAAAAUGCCAAUAUCAACAAGAAAGGAUGCAUAUACGUCGGCUGAUUCCUAUACAGAAGAG